AUGGUGGCGUCUACCCGGUGGGCGUCCAUCCGAAUCAUGAUCGGCACCAUCCUCGGUGGAGUCCUCGGCUUCUAUGUCAUGCACCGCGUUGAGAUCAACUACAAGCUGUCAUUUGUGUCUGCAGAUCCUAAAGACCACUGGAGAUUUGAGCUGUGCCACGUGAUACAGGACCUUGAAGAAGAGUGGAAUACGUACCCUACGGAUUGUAAAGGUCGUGCCCGAUCUGAUUUCGGAAAUUCUUCGGAGGCACGAAAGAACGAGCGAACCAAAACAUCUGUAGAAUCUCCCAGAAACUCUCUUUCCCCUCCUGCGACGAGCCAAGCGAUCGAAUCGAAGUCGAAACCCCACCUUCUCCUCCUCCUAGCCGGCAUCGACGACAGCAAUGAAGCGCUCCGCCGACGACCGCGACCUUCGGAAGCUGCCAUCGGCGGCAGACGCCAAGCCCGUCUUCAUGUACAAGGCCGAGCGCCAGCGCCGCGAGGAGGUCGUCGCCGAGCACCGCCGAGCUGCCCUCGAUCUCCUCCGCAGCCCUCCGACUCCAGCCGCCGACGCGACCACGACCGGGACUGUGAUCGUCGCGUCCGAAACCGUGAGCGCGAGCGUGAUAAGGAGCUCGGCGCCAUCAGGGAGCAAUACUUGGGGUCCAAGAAGCCCAAGAAGCAGCGGGUGAUUAAGCCUAGCGAAAAGUUCCGUUUCUCAUUCGAAUGGGAGAACACUGAAGCCACCUUCCGCGACAUUAACGCCUUAUACCAGAAUCCCCACGAGGCGCGGGUCCUCUUCGGCCGUGGUUUUAUCACCGGCAGCGACCAGUGCGAGCAGAAGAAGCCGGCCGCUCUUCACGAAAAGGAGACACGGGAGGAGAUCCGCCGCAAGGAGGGUGUGGAGGAGCGGCCGGAGGAGGCCGCCGCUGACCUAUAUGAUACCUUCGAUAUGCGUGUCGAACGUCAUUGGUCUGAGAAGAAGAUUGAGGAAAUGACUAAGCGGGACUGGCGCGUCUUCAUGAUCAUCAGUGGCGCCUUUAACGUAGCACCGGAGGAGGGUGUUCCAGAGGAAGACGCGGGGCUUGUGCAUAUCGUCGAACAGGCUGCGGGCGUAGGCCACGUGUCCGGAAGACAUCAGAGAAAGCAGGAUCCGGGUGAGGAGGCUGUUCUUGCGGGCGAGGCCGGUGGCGAGGAGAAGGGCGUGGCUCUGUUUGAGGUGGGCGGGGUAGGAGUGGGAUAAUAUGAGUGCCGCGAAGCCGGCUUUGGUUGUCGGGGUGGGGGAAGGCUGUGUGCCAGCGACGAGGAGGGCGCUGCGUCGGGUCGGAGCGAUCGUGGUCGGUCCCACCCACCGCCAUAUGGAUCUCGCUGGUACGUCCUACAGGUUGGGCGUCGCCGGUAUCUUUCCGACGUAUCCCGAUGGCUUCUGCGGCGGGUCGUCAAGCCGGAUCUUGAUCGAUUCGGGCUCCUUCCCCUGCCUCGCCUUCAUCCUCGCCGGUGGUAAGCCUAAACCCUUAUUUUCUUGAUCGCGAUGGCCCAUUCUUUUAUCUUGUUCCAUUGUUACAUCACAUGUUUGCCGCUUUCUUCGUCUUGGAGCUUGUAAUCGGAUGAUCAUAUCCGAUGAUAGUGCAGUCAUUUGGGUCGGUUAGUAACGCAGAAUUGUUGGUAGUCGUGCUGACGGGUUCGAUGUUAUAGCAAAAGCGCAGGGUUAAGGAAUGUAGUCGUGCAAUGUUGGGAUUAGCUUACGUUUGUUGCCCUAUCUACAAAUCAGUAAGUCUGGUUUGUUGGCGAUUAGAUGGCUAGAUAAGUUGUUGAUAGAUAAUACAUUGCUUCGAAGCCCAAUGGAGAGGUAUCUGUUGACAAGUGCCAAAACUAAUUAAUUUUUUAUUUUAAAAAUAUUGAACCAUUUCUAGAUUUGAGCCAUGCUAAUUUUCUUUGGAUCGUUUCAAUUUUAUCAUUGUACCUAAAUUUCUAUAAUAAUUUUGAGAUGUUUUCUUUACAGUUUGUCGGUAUAAACCCUACUAGAAAUAUUUCUUUCGGGCACAACUGCUGGUCACGUUAACUGAUAUCAUUGGCAUCAUGUGAAAGGUUUAGAGAAGAACCAAACUGGAGUUUACUUUCUCCUAUAUGAUACUUGGCAGGGUUGGAGCACCUUUAGAUUUGUAUGCCGAGUGGGCUCUAUUUGACUUGUGACUAUGUAGCUAGACAAUAGUUAAGAUUGCUCAACUGUAACUUGUAAAAGCCAUGCCAGAAAUAGAAGUAGAACAAUGAAUAUAUCAUUUUUUUAUCUCGAAAAACAUCUCUUCUACUUAUUUUCCCACAGAAUUGGAGAAAUUAUCUUUCGAUGGAUGAUUUUUUUUGCUUUGCUGUAGGAGAGGGGGUCGAGCGGUCCUUGAGUAAGGUACUCAUUUGGAAAACCUUAACAUUUAAACUUGGCGAACAUGGAUACAACUAAAAUCAGUUGAACUUGGCAUUAACUUAGUUGGGUUGGGUCAAGAGCUAGCACCACUUGCCAAUAUGUUGACACAAGGCUAAUUAGCUUGAUGUUGGACAGGAUGAGCACCGUCGGGACCAAAUAGCAGACCUGUCUCUUGAUAUGUCUAAAAACUUCAGAACUUUGGGCUUCAGACUCUUCUUGUUCUUACAUUCAAGGAAAACUAACUAGUGUUCACCCAGAAAGGAGCCUAUGGUAAUAGGUCUAAGUUGUCAUGUGUGCCAAGGCUUGCAAGCCUAGAAUAAUAGGUCUAAGUUGUUGUGAAUGUUCCAGCCUACCAGCGUGCAGAAAGCUGGACGUCUUCCAGCACACUGGCUGUGCCAUCUGGUACAUCCAAUAUAGUACAUAUACUGCUUGGUACAGGCCCAGUACCAAGUGGUUUCUUCUUUUCUUUUCAGUUUUUCUAAGAAUUUUUUUGAGACUAGAUAUGUUCCAAUAUAUCGACACUUGAUACAUUGAUAAUCAAUCCACGCCUUGACCGAUACACUACUGCCAUACAUAAUUGUGACUCUUGGUGUGUACCUGCAAAUUUAUCCUCUUGAUUCCAGACCUCUUAUUUGAACAAUGCUUAUUUAAGAAUGGUUGAUUGCGAAACCAUGCUUCUUAGUGAGAUAUGUCAUAUCUUAAGAUCUACCAUUCUCUUGCCUUCCUAGGUGCUUGGAAUAAGUUAUAUAGGACUUGGUUCAUUGAGUUGUUCCUUAGUUCCGGCAGUUAUAGAAAUGCAUCAAACAACUUGCACUGAAGUUUGCUUUUCCUAGAUAACUCUUGUUGAUUCUUCUUUAGCUGCACGUGACAUCUGUUGGUCGCCUGAUGGCUUUUGAGAUUUGUUUAGAUGGUUUGCAGAACUGUUGGUCGGCUACAGGAAACCGAAUGGUAAAUGGUAUCAGCUAACUUGAGAUUUGGUAUCCUUGCAAACAAAUAUAGUGUCAAUUUGGUCAAUUUAUUGUGCUACUAAUUAUGUCAAGGAUACUAAAAAAAUGUCCCUUUGUCAAUAAGCUAGGAUGAUGGUAUCAGUUAUAUUGACACAAAAAAGAUCAUAUGAGUGAUCAGUGUUUUUUUUUUACAAUUGAAACAUGGUGACAAACUCUCAAGUUGCUGGAUCCUAGAUUAUUGCAAGUUCAUUUGGAAUUAAUUUUGGUUGGUGUGAUUUCCUCCAAGUAAUAGAAAAUUUGUAUAACGUGCAGUAGCUACGUUUGUUAACAUGACUCUUCAGUAUUGCAUAAUACCAAAAAAGUUGUGUUUAAUCUGUUAGCGGGGCUUUGCGUGAUCACUUGUUGCCAUCAGAAUUUUCCUGUACUUGAAGACCUGCCGCAUGGUGGAAUUUGAUUAGAACGAUUGGUUUGAUGGUGACAUGUUAGGUGGCUUAAUGCAGCAAUGCUGUCGAGUACAGUGGUUUAAGGCUGCAAUGUCAAUCACUUCUGAUAAGAGAAGGCGUUUGCCGUGGGACAGGGUAGCUUUCAUAGGAAGGAGAAAGAAGAGAAUAUUUCUUUCCUACACGAGCAGGUUGGUGUGAUGUGGGCUACUCAGACUCCAUGAGGUAGGAAACAAACACUACUGUUUGUGUUGAAAUUGACAUAGUAUAUACAGGGUUAGGUGAUGUGCACGAUAUUUAAACAUACACUUGUUCCAAUAAAGAAUGACCAUACGAGCAGGUUGAUGCAUUUGGUGAUGUGUACUAUACAUGGAGGACCUUUCAAUGUCUAAGACUAGCUGAUCAGACAACCAGCACACUUCCAAUUCUGUUCUCCUGCUCACUAAGAGAUGCCUCUUUGCUUUAGCUCUCCAGGAACAGAUUGUGAACAAGAGGUUUCCGAUUAGCUCAACAUUAUGCCAUUCUUCUAAAUAAAGUGAUCGUGGAAGGGACAGCUCGCCCGAUGUGUUAGACCCCAAAAUAGUGGUCCACUUGGUGUUCUAAAUGCCCUCAUCGAAGUCAGGGAAUGAAAUUUCCUUUUUUUCGGUGGGUUGAUUCUACACAAGUGGCCCGGAUUCAUUCAUCUGAAACAUCUCAGUAGCUGAGCGGAAUUAUGCAAUGAUGAGGUCGACAUCAAGAAUUGUGUUCAUACAAGCCUAUGUUUGAGAGAGCUAUAUCCGAAGCAUGGAAUGUACUUGUCAAUGGGAAAGGAGAAGCGAGAGACAGCUGGACUUUACUGGACCAGGGGGUGAUUCACGUGACAGAGGCUGACACCGGCACAUUAAGUAAACUUGGUGUAAGAAAUGAGUAUGUGAACCUUAUCGCAAAGUAGCAGCAUUUGAGCAGGAUCGGGCGGAUCGAACAGGCCGGACAACCUCUACAGCCAUUUGUCUACCACCGCCAACGAUGUUCUACGGUCCCAAGAGAUGCAUCCCUCGAGGAUUCCUCCCCAUCUCUGCAUUAUUUUUGUUGUUGUUUAUUUACCAAGGUUUCGCUCCGAUCCCCCCAACCAUCGUGCAGCACCGCUCAGAGUGCCGGGAAGACGGUCGCAGUUGAUUUGACCCCUUAACCAGAGAUACCCCUUAGUGGUGGUGGGGCCCUAGUGGCCCUCUACAGCCUGGACUGGUAGACCCAAUGCCUCUCACAUACUCUCCUCUUCUGACGCCUACCUAAUCUCGAUUGGGCUACUGUGGUGGGGACGACUCCACUAUCCUCCCAGGUAACCAGCCCUUCAAUGAUCCACAUUUUGCAGCUCGUUAAUGAUAAUAAUAAUAAUAAUAUGAUUUUGUACCUCUUUUAAAUUAAUCUGCCUCCACCAGUGUGGCUAAUUGUCACUCCAUGACUUCU